AGAUCAUCAGUGACUUCUUUCUUCACCUCAAUCCAGCCCACAGAGUCAAUGAUAGAGGCUGGAUGCACACUCUUGACUGCAGAGCUUGGUCUCCACAGGACUCUUCUCUGCUGAUCAGCAAUGUAUCGGCCGGUGGUGGUGAGGGCCAGGAAAAGAACUUGUUUGGAGCCUUGGGCUAUUGGCCUCAUCACCUUCAUAUCACUGAUUGUGCUGGCAGUGUGCAUCGGACUCAUUGUUCACUAUGUGAGAUACAAUCAAAGGAAGACGCACAAUUACUAUAGCACAUUGUCAUUUACAAGUGACAAAUUAUAUGAUGAGUUCGGAAAAGAAGCUUCUGAAAGUUUCACAGAAAUGAGCCAAAAAAUUGAAUCAAUGGUGAAAAAUGCAUUUCACAAAUCUCCACUGAGGAGAGAGUUUGUCAAGUCUCACAUUAUCAAAUUCAGUCAAGAGGAUCAUGGGGUGUUGGCUCAUAUGCUGUUGAUAUUUAGAUUUCGCUCUACUGAGGAUAUUGAAACCAUAAAUAAAAGGAUUGAGAAUAUUCUACAUGAAAAACUACAAGAGGCUGUAGGCCCCCCUCAGUUAAAUCCAGAAUCAGUUGAAAUUAAAAAAAUCAACAAGACAGAAACAGACAACUUUCUGAACAGCUGCUGUGGGACACGAAGAAGCAAAGCAAGACAGAGUGUCAGGAUUGUUGGUGGGACAGAGGUGGAAGAAGGUGAAUGGCCUUGGCAAACUAGCCUGCAGUGGGAUGGGGCCCAUCGCUGUGGAGCAACUUUAAUUAAUGACACAUGGCUUGUGAGUGCUGCUCACUGCUUUAGACGCUAUACUGACCCAACCAGAUGGACUGCUUCCUUUGGAGUAACAGUAAGGCCUCCCAAAAUGAAACAUAACGUCCGGAGGAUAAUUGUCCAUGAGAAAUACAAAUACCCAUCACAUGACUAUGACAUUGCACUUGUAGAGCUUUCUAAACCUGUUUCCUACACAAAUGUUGUCCAUAAAGUUUGUCUCCCCGAUGCAUCGCAUGAAUUCCACCCAGGUGAUGAGAUGUUUGUAACAGGGUUUGGAGCACUGCAAAAUGAUGGUUACAGCCAAAAUCAUCUUCGGCAAGUGCAAGUAGACCUCAUACCCACUGACAUCUGCAAUGAACUUCAAAUUUAUAAUAAUGCCAUAACUCCUAGAAUGGUAUGUGCUGGCUACUUGAAGGGAAGAAGAGAUGCAUGUCAGGGUGAUUCUGGAGGACCACUGGUUAGUUCAGAUGCUAGAGACAUCUGGUACCUUGUUGGAAUUGUGAGCUGGGGAGAGGAAUGUGGGCAACCUAACAAGCCUGGUGUUUACACACGAGUGACUGCCUUCCGAGACUGGAUAGCUUCCAAAACUGGUAUCUAAGAGAACAAAAAACCCGAGUGGAAUGGAACUCAUAUUUGUGUAUUGACCUUUCUCAGAGAUCCAGAACUACAGAAGUCUUACAGAUUACUGAGAACUAACUAAUUGGUCUACCCAAUGUGCAUAUUUCCUUAGCACUCUUCUACAUAUAAACAUUUUAUUUCUGCCAGAUGAAUUCUGUUCCAAUUUGAAUUUACUUUAUUUUCUAGACAAUUUCAGCCAUUUAUUAACAUACAUUUCUUGUGCAUUUGUACAAUUUAAAGUGACCCCUUCCUUCAUUUCUCCACCUUCUCUAAUCUCAGUAAAUAUCUACUUUCAAGGUAUGGAGCAAAAAGUGAAAACAAACAUAAAGAAGGAGAAACAAAAUCUGUCCUAUCUGUAAACAUAAAAAUAUCUGUUUAUUUUCCCCAAGGGCAAUGAAGAAAUGAUUAUACUUACUAUAAAAGUUGGAACAGGCAGAAUAUCAAGUACUUCAUAAAGAAAAGUGAGCUAAGAAAAUAAGAAAAACUAAGAUAAGACUUUAUUUUCAUUUCCAACAUCUAUAGAAAUAAAUGUAGAGAAGAUUCUGAUUUCUUGUGAACUACAAUGAUUAUAUAAACUAUAUAAUAUAGUUGCUUUAAGUUAAAAAUGAUAUUUAACAGUACAUUGUUGAGGCUAUCAAUAUAUGAUAAUCAUUAUUACUACUAUUAUUUGCUUUACAUUAUAAUAUGAAAAUCCACGAGAAAGAGGAAGAUGAGGACAUGUCACCAGUCAAUUUAUUUUAGAGUAUGAGACUGGAUUAAAAAUUAAUUUAAAACCAAUAAGCAUGUUUUAUAUAGUAAGAUCUUUAUAUGAUUGAGUAGAGGAGGAUGAGUAGAGAGUAAAACUAAAUUACUGAAAGGAAUUGAAUUAUCUUCAAGCACUAGUAUAAAUUACAUUUAAAGUUUUCCCAAAAUGUCAAACAUUGAAAGAUUCUCAAGUACAGAGGCUAGCGUCCUGUUUUAGCAGGCAAGUGAAGGUACAAUUCAUACUUCGAUUUUGAGAUAAUUCCAGAUCUUCCUCUACUGUUGUAUCCCAGUCCACUGUUGGACCUUGGGCCUAAAAUCUUGGUUCAGAUGAGAACGCUGAUAUGCUGGAAGUCUCCUUUCUGCUACAUCUAGUGUGGCACUGAAUACGAAAAUUGGAGAAAAGUCAAAUACUAGUCAUCUUCAUAAUUUUAGUUUUCAUAAUUUACUACUGUGUGUAAGGAACACAGCAUUACAGUGAUCUAGGCCAUUAUGAGGUUAGGAUUACUGUCAUGUCAUAGGCACUUAAAUGAUGAGAUUUCACAAUAUUUUUCUCACUGUACGCAGAUAUCUACAAGGUCUAUACUAUAUCAUACUCACUUUGAAAAAUAUGACUUUAUUGACCCGAAUAACAUUGGUAUGUAAACUGAUAAAUUUUUAGAUUCUUGUUUAAAAUAAGAAAUAAAAACAGACAUGAGAUUAACUGUUAAAUAUUUCAUAUGGAGCAUUUUUGUUCCACAAAGCGAAAGUAUU